CUCAUACCAAACUCCUAUUUCACACGUUAAUAUCUGCAUGUAACCUCAUAGCAAAAAACUGGAAAUCACAUAAAGUCCCCACAAAAACCGAGCUAGUUACCCAGAUCCAAAAGAAUUGGGAAUAUGAGCACAUGGCGGCCCAACAACUUGAGACGGGAGGGGCAACUAUAGAGGCAGGAAAAAUUUGGGAACAGUACUGGGACACA